CUUGUUGGUGCAGCAUUUGUUAAUUUGGCCACUACAACCAUGUGGUGGGGUUGUAGUGGCUCUCUAGGUUUAAUAAUCCUGGUGAUUCUUGGGUUAUGUCACGGGCAAGCAGACUUCUGGAAAGCUAGCACAGAAGCCAUUCAGUAUCGCUAUAACUGCAGAGACCAUGGUUUGCAAUUGCUUGUCUACCCCCGUCAUGGCCAAGAGGUCCGCUUUAAAGUUGUGGAUGAAUCUGGGAAAAUCUUUGAAGUUGCCAAUUGUCCCAUCUGUCGUCACUUGAUCAUGUCAGAUAAUAGGACAGUUGCCUUCUUUGCUGGCUAUGGUGGUUGCGGUGUAAUAAAGAAGGAUGGCAUACAUCAGUUGAAAGUCCAUUUAGAGGAACUAACAAACAACCGAACAGUAGCUGCUCAUGACAUCAACAUGAUCUGCCCCAAUGUCAAAACCCCAGAGAACAACAUGCGCCAUGUGAACCAGCCUCAACCUGUUCUAGUGCACACAGGAGGGUCUCACCUAGCUCAGGUGCACCCUGGGCAGUCCCAGCCUGGUGGUCUUCUCCCACACCAGCCCAGUCAACUGCGUCCAGGGCAAUCUCACACUGGUCAACUUCUCCCACUCCUGCCUGGCCAAGUAUACCCAGGACAGGUGCCCCCAGGAGAGUCUCAGCCUAGUCUCGUGCGCCCAUCCAUCCAGGACAGUUGCGCCCAGGAGAGUCCCAGCCAGUGCGCCCCAUCCAUCAAGGCCAGUUCACCCAGGAGAGUCUCAGCCCGGCCUAGUGCGCCCCAUCAAGCCAGGCCAGGUUCGCCCAGGAGAGUCUCAGCCCGGCCUAGUGCCUCCCAUCCAGCCAGGACAGGUUCGCCCAGGAGAGUCUCAGCCCGGCCUAGUGCCUCCCAUCCAGCCAGGACAGGUUCGCCCAGGAGAGUCUCAGCCCGGCCUAGUGCCUCCCAUCCAGCCAGGACAGGUUCGCCCAGGAGAGUCUCAGCCCGGCCUAGUGCCUCCCAUCCAGCCAGGACAGGUUCGCCCAGGAGAGUCUCAGCCCGGCCUAGUGCGCCCCAUCCAGCCAGGACAGGUUCGCCCAGGAGAGUCUCAGCCCAGCCUAGUGCACCCAUCCAUCCCGGCCAGGUUCGCCCAGGAGAGUCUCAGCCCGGCCUAGUGCGUCCCAUCAAGCCAGGCCAGGUUCGCCCAGGAGAGGCUCAGCCCGGCCUAGUGCCUCCCAUCCAGCCAGGACAGGUUCGCCCAGGAGAGGCUCAGCCCGGCCUAGUGCCUCCCAUCAAGCCAGGCCAGGUUCGCCCAGGAGAGGCUCAGCCCGGCCUAGUGCCUCCCAUCCAGCCAGGACAGGUUCGCCCAGGAGAGUCUCAGCCUGCCCUAGUGCCUCCCAUCUAUCCAGGACAGGUUCGCCCAGGAGAGUCCCAGCCAGGCCUAGUGCGUCCCUUCCAGCCAGGACAGGUGCUCCUAGGUGAGUCCCAGCCUGGCUUCGUGCACCCAGUUCAGCCCGGACAUGUGCACCCACUCCAGACUGGUCUAGUGCAUCCAGUUGUGUCACAACCUGGCUUAGUGCGUCCAGGGCAGUUUCAGCCAGGCCUGGUGUAUCCAGGCGAAUCGCAACCUGGCCAGCUUCUUCCACUUCAGCCUGACCAUUUUCGUCCUGGUGAGCCCUUUCCUGGGCAUGUGCAUCCUAUGGUCAUCCAGUCUAGCCUAGGUCGUCCUCUAACUCAGCAGCAAUGCCAAGUUUCUUCUGGGAGAAUACCCUGUGCAGAUGUACAAGGACCAACAGCUUGUCAUCAGACUGGAUGCUGUUAUGAUGCUAGUGAUCAGGUGACUCCAUGCUACUAUGGCAACACAGUCACUGUUCAGUGCCUUCGAGAUGGCUACUUCAUUUUGGUAAUCUCCAGGGAUAUGCUGGAUUAUCCGAUCAUUCUGGAGAGUGUCAAACUCUCCUAUGCCCAAGCAGGUUGCAGUCCAGUCAGGAAGACAGAAUCUUUCCUGGUCUUCCGCUUUCCUCUCACACAGUGUGGCACAACUGUCCAGGUGACUGGUGGCAAGUUGAUAUACGAAAACCAGCUGGUUUCUGGCCUUGACAUCCUAAAAGGUCCAGAUGGCUCUAUUACACGAGAUAGUACCUUCAUGCUUCAUGCUCGUUGUAUCUACAAUGCUACUGAUUUCCUGCCACUUCAGGUUGAAGUGUUCUCACCUCCCAGCCCAGCUCCAAUUUUCCAAGUGGGACCUCUCCGGCUUGAGCUGCGAAUUGCCACAGAUUCGAGCUAUACCUCAUACUACUCAGAUACACAGUAUCCUAUUGUGAAGAUCCUGAGAGAGCCUGUGCAUGUAGAGAUUCGCAUCCUACAGAGACUGGACCCAUCCCUAGUUCUGGUUCUCCAUGACUGCUGGGCUACUCCAAAUUCAAAUCCCCUUGAGCAAUUACAGUGGCCAAUCCUAGUAGAUGGGUGCCCAUUUGAAGGAGACAACUACAGAACCGAGCUGGUACCCAUGGGACCUGUUACAUCAGAGCUUCCCUUUCCUAACCACUACCAGCGUUUCAUCAUUUACACCUUCACAUUUGUGGAUUCUGCCCCUCAAAUGGUGCUAGAUGGUUUGGUGUACCUCUUCUGCAGCGUAUCUGUUUGCCAUCCUUCCGAUCAUGAUUCCUGCAGAGUUGCAUGUCAAAUGCCAGUGACUUCAAGAGGCCGUCGGUUUUUGAAGGAGGAGAAUGAGACAGAAUCCUUGGAUUUAGUAAGCACUUAUGGAGCUGUAAUUUUUCAAGAAAGUAUUCAUGAGAAACAAGUCAAGUGGAAGAAUGAUGUGAACUCCAGUGAAGACCUGACUCUGGUGCUUUUGGUGGUAUUACCUAUCAUUGGGAUUAUCCUAUUUAUUGCUGUGCUAGUGCUCUGGAAGAAAAGAAGCAGGAUUACAAAGUUCUAAAUUUGUUAUACAGAAAAUAUAUAAAUAAAGCUAUACCCAAUAGCUUAUAAA